GAGGUGCUCGGCAAUCGCUCGGCCUCCCCCAUUCCCCGGUAACGGUCGCUGGUGAGUUUAAAUGAGCCUGGGCUGGCCGGGCCGGAGCCGCUACGGGGGGGCCUGAGGCACUGCAGAAAGUGGGCCUGAGUCUCAAGGAUGACGGUGCUGCAGGAACCCGUCCAGGCUGCUAUAUGGCAAGCACUAAACCACUAUGCUUACCGAGAUGCAGUUUUCCUUGCAGAACGGCUGUAUGCAGAAGUACACUCAGAAGAAGCCUUGUUUUUACUGGCAACCUGUUAUUACCGCUCAGGAAAGGCAUAUAAAGCAUAUAAACUCUUGAAAGGACACAGUUGUACUACACCGCAAUGCAAAUACCUGCUUGCAAAAUGUUGUGUUGAUCUCAGCAAGCUUGCAGAAGGGGAACAGAUCUUAUCUGGUGGAGUGUUUAAUAAGCAGAAAAGCCAUGAUGAUAUUGUUACUGAAUUUGGUGAUUCAGCUUGUUUUACUCUUUCAUUGUUGGGACAUGUAUAUUGCAAGACAGAUCGGCUUGCCAAAGGAUCAGAAUGUUACCAAAAGAGCCUUAGUUUAAAUCCUUUCCUCUGGUCUCCCUUUGAAUCAUUAUGUGAAAUAGGUGAAAAGCCAGAUCCUGACCAAACAUUUAAAUUAACAUCUUUACAGAACUUUAGCAACUGUCUGCCCAAUUCUUGUACAACACUAAUAUCUAAUCAUAGUUUAUCUCACAGACAGCCUGAAACAGUUCUUAUGGAAACACCCCAGGACACAAUUGAAUUAAACAGACUGAAUUUAGAAUCUUCCAAUUCAAAGUACUCCUUGAACACAGAUUCCUCAGUGUCUUACAUUGAUUCAGCUGUAAUUUCACCUGAUACUGUCCCUCUUGGAACAGGAACUUCUAUAUUAUCUAAACAGGUUCAAAAUAAACCAAAAACUGGUCGAAGUUUAUUGGGAGGACCAGCUGCUCUUAGCCCAUUAACCCCAAGUAAUUGGCUUCCUUUAUUAUUUUUUUCUAGUACAACACCUCAGGUAUUGAGCCCCACUAUUACAUCUCCCCCAAAUGCACUGCCUCGAAGAAGUUCGCGACUUUUUACUAGUGACAGCUCUACAACCAAGAAAAGAAAACCGAAGUGUUUUAUUGUGGUUUUUUUCCUUUGUUUACUAUAUUGUUUUCUCCUAGAAGGUUUGAUGAGCCUUCUUCGUGAAAUGGGAAAAGGUUAUUUAGCUUUGUGUUCAUACAACUGCAAAGAAGCUAUAAAUAUUUUGAGCCACCUGCCUUCUCACCACUACAAUACUGGUUGGGUACUGUGCCAAAUUGGAAGGGCCUAUUUUGAGCUUUCAGAGUACAUGCAAGCUGAAAGAAUAUUCUCAGAGGUUAGGAGGAUUGAGAAUUACAGAGUUGAAGGCAUGGAGAUCUACUCUACAACACUUUGGCAUCUUCAGAAAGAUGUUGCUCUUUCGGUUCUGUCAAAAGACUUAACAGACAUGGAUAAAAAUUCUCCAGAGGCUUGGUGUGCUGCAGGGAACUGUUUCAGUCUGCAACGGGAACAUGAUAUUGCAAUUAAAUUCUUCCAGAGGGCUAUCCAGGUUGAUCCAAAUUAUGCUUAUGCCUAUACUCUAUUAGGGCAUGAGUUUGUGCUAACUGAAGAAUUAGACAAAGCAUUAGCUUGUUUUCGAAAUGCUAUCAGAGUCAAUCCUAGGCAUUAUAAUGCAUGUGAAGUAGUUGAAUUAGAAUUGGAGGAGAUUUUAGAGAUAAUCUUUAAUUAUUUGGUUCAGCAUGCACUAAAAAAAUCUGAGAAGGCUUUGGAUACCCUAAAUAGAGCCAUUGUUAUUGAUCCCAAGAAUCCUCUAUGCAAAUUUCACAGAGCCUCAGUUUUAUUUGCAAAUGAGAAAUAUAAGUUGGCUUUACAAGAACUUGAAGAAUUGAAACAAAUCGUUCCCAAAGAAUCCCUCGUUUACUUCUUAAUAGGAAAGGUUUACAAGAAGUUAGGUCAAACGCACCUCGCCCUGAUGAAUUUCUCUUGGGCUAUGGAUUUAGAUCCUAAAGGAGCCAAUAACCAGAUUAAAGAGGCAAUUGAUAAGCGCUAUCUUCCAGAUGAUGAGGAGCCAAUAACCCAAGAAGAACAGAUCAUGGGAACAGAUGAAUCCCAGGAGAGCAGCAUGACAGAUGCAGAUGACACACAACUUCAUGCAGCUGAAAGUGAUGAAUUUUAACUUCUGGAAAUCAGACUUUUGCAACUGGAUGUGUGACUAGUGCUGACAUGUUUCUUGUCCCUCCAUAUACUGAGUCUUCACUCUUAAGCCGGCAUUGUCAUCAUCCGUCACUUAGACCAUGAGUGUGCCACUUUCAAUGGACCCUGACUAUACACAGAAUGAAAGGCAGUGCAAUAUUUAGCUGCUAACAAGACUGGUUCCUUUACCAGUAUGAAUGACAAUUGAGGGGGGAAGGGUGGGGAACUUUCUUUUCUUUUUUUCUUUAAUCUCCCUUUGUUGGAAAGCUGUCAUGGAAGGAAGAGUUAUGUUUUAUCUUGAAGGAACCAUUAGAUAUGGAAAACAGUGAUGAACCAGAAUUUCUUGGUCAUUUUUCCAAAAAUUUGUUUUUAUUUGGUUCUGUUCCUGAUAAACAGAGUGACUGACCUUCAUUUCUAGGUUCUUCAAGAAUGGUGUUAGCAAGUGCCAGAUGGAACAAUAAAAGACAUUGCCUAUAACAGUAACUUGAUUGCCAAGGAAUGUAAAUUACCUUAAACUUGCAGUGUCUCCUAUAAACAAAUGUCAUGGGCAUACUGGGACUCGUAUGUAGGAAUCAAAUAUCCCUCCAUAUAAUGUAUACUUAUUCUUGGCAAGAAUGCUUUAACGUCUAACCAAGAAUUUUAAUUUAUUCAUCUUGCUUCAAAGUGUUGAUCAUUGUUGUCUUGGUAUUGCAAACUUUAAAAUUGGUCCUUACCAUAUUGCCUCUUCUCUUUGAGCUCUGUGGGAUCACCUUUAACAUUCAGAAAUGACAGAGUGGUUCCCCACUGAAAAGCCAACACAAGGCCCUUAAUAUCCGUGUAAGAUCACCAUAAGAAUCACUAUGAGAACACUAAAGUGGAGAGACUUUAAGAGAUCAUGAUAGUGAAAGCCUUAAUACAAUCGGAAUUGUACCAUAACCUUGAAGCUAUAUUUGUUCAAGACAGCAUCCCUUUGACUUUUCUGAGUGUUUAAGCCGAGUGCAAGAAUGUGUGAUUACCCUUGGUUGAGGUAAUUUCCAUUGUUUUUGGCUCUCUGCUUCAGAUUAUUUUCACUAAUGUGAGUCACCAAAACGUUUACUGAGAGUGAUCGGGUAUUGAGGAUGUUGGAAAUUUUUAGGUGGGGAAAAAAAACGUUCUUAUGAAGAAGACAAGUUCUUUCCUGAGUUUGUCAUAAUAGGUUGGUGUCUUUGGGAAAUGGCCAUGAUUUUAAAGAUCUAAUUAUGCAUAUAAAAUGGGAAUUAUCAGAAUUUCACAGUACAGAUUUAAACAGUCUUAAAUUGUGUAUCUCCUUUAUUGUAAUGUUUGAAAUUUUUAGAGAAACUUUAGUUGUUAACAUUUUAUUAAGUGCCAAUGUCAGAAUAUAACGAAUUAUACUUUCUUAAGAAUGACAGGCCUACAAUUGUUAUUUUGGAUUAUUCGAUGAAGGACAAACUUAUCUAUUGGUUAUCUGUAUUUGUUAGUGAAGCUGUGAAAAUAAGGUGGAUUACAAGAGAUGUGAAAAAAA